AUGGUCGCCGUCAUCGUCGCCAUCCUCACCGCCUUCCUCGCAUUGCAACUUCUGGUAUGCCCUUCUUCUUCCAGCCGCUGGUGUGAAAAAGCUUACUUCACUAUGUCGGGAAACGCAUCAAAUUCAGGAGAAGUUAAUCCAAGUGUAUCUUCAUCAGUUAGUAGAAGUAGAAGUAAAAAUGCUCCAGGAAACCGAUCUGAUAUUGGAUGGAAAUAUGGAUUUGAUGUUAAUGGUAAUGGAAGAAAAGUGAAAUGCAACUAUUGCUCAAAGAUUGUAAGUGGAGGCAUAUUUAGAUUUAAGCAUCAUCUUGCUGGAACUAGAGAAGAUUCUGAGCCUUGUGCUUCUGUUCCGGAUGAAAUAAAAAAUUUGAUGAUAAAAGUAGUUGCAGAAGCUAAGAAUGCUUCAUUAAAGAAAAGAAAGAUAAAUAUCGGUGAAGACGAGGAAGAAAAUGAAAAUUUUGAAGGAGGACACAAGGUAUUCGGUUUUAAAGGAAAAGAAAAAGUUGCUACUACUAGUAAGGGGGGAGUUCAAGCAACUAUAAAUCAAAUGAUGAAAAAAGGAUACAAAGAAGAAGUUGAUGCUCAAGUUGCUGAAUUCUUUUACACCAGUGCCAUUCCUUUCAAUCAUGAUAUUAGAGAGAAGCUCUUGAAACAAGCUGUGAAGAAAACAAAUGCAAAUCUUGAGGAAUAUAAGGAGGAGUGGAAGAAAACUGGAUGUACAAUUAUGUCUGAUGGUUGGACGGAUAGAAAAAGACGUUCUAUUUGCAACUUCUUGGUGAAUAGUCCUAGAGGGACGGUUUUUCUUUAUUCACUUGACACUUCAGACAUUUCAAAAACAGCUGAUAAAGUUUUCAAAAUGUUGGAUGAUGUUGUCGAGUUUGUUGGAGAAGAAAAUGUUGUUCAAGUUGUCACUGAUAAUGCUGCAAAUUUCAAGGCAGCCGGAGAGUUGUUGAUGCAAAAGAGGGAAAAAUUGUAUUGGACUCCAUGUGCAGCACAUUGCAUUGAUUUGAUAUUCGAAGAUUUUGAAAAAAAUUUGAAGGUCCAUGAAUUGACCAUUAAGAAGGGAAGAAAAAUUACAACUUACAUUUAUGGGAGAUCAAUGUUGAUUUCCUUAUUGAAAAAGUUUACUAAAGGUAGAGACCUUAUAAGACCGGGUGUGACUAGAUUUGCCACGGCUUAUUUAACUCUUGCUUGUCUUCAUGAAUUGAAGGCAUCGUUGUUGACCAUGUUCAGCUCUGAGGAAUGGAAGACAAGCAAGUUUGGAACUUCACAAGAGGGGAGAAAAGUAGCACAUGUAGUAUUAGAUAGCCGAUUUUGGAAGAAUGUCUCCAUAUGCUUGAAAGCUCCUGCCCCUCUCAUGGUUGUCUUAAGAUUAGUGGACUCAGAUGUAAAACCUGCAAUGGGUUUCAUUUAUGAAGAGAUGGACUGUGCAAAAGAGAAGAUUAGGUCUAACUUUAACAAUAUCAAAAAGAGUUAUGAAGAGGUUUGGAGAAUAAUUGAUGCUCGAUGGGAUAAUCAACUUCAUAGGCCUUUGCAUGCAGCUGCCUAUUUUCUAAACCCUCAUUUCCACUAUGAACCUAACUUUAGAUCUGAUGAUGGUGGAGAGGUGAAAGAAGGAUUGUAUUUUUGCAUGAGAAGACUGAUACCAGAUAUGGCAGAAAGAAGAAAAAUUAAUUUACAAAUUGUUGAAUUUCAUAAUGCUAGAGGCCUGUUUGGAAUGGAAGAUGCAAAAGAGUGUAGGAAAGAGUUAAAUCCUGGGGAAUGGUGGGACAUGUUUGGUGAUGGAACUCCAGAGUUGAAGAGAUUUGCUAUUCGAAUUCUAAGCUUGACUUGUAGUUCUUCUGGAUGUGAGCGUAAUUGGAGUUCAUUUGAAAUGGUUCAUACAAAGAGAAGGAAUCGUUUACAUCAAAAAAAGAUGAAUGAUUUAGUUUAUGUGAUGUAUAACUCCAAGCUGAAAAGUAGACAGAUUCGAAAAACUAUAGCUCUUCCAUUUGAUGACAUAGAAUCAGAUGAUGAAUGGAUAGCUGAAAAGACAGAUGAUGUUGUUGAGAUUGAUCAAGUUAAAGGUGAAAAUGAUAGUGAAAAUGUUCACUUAGAUGGAGCAACAACAGAUCCUGUUUUAGAUGCUCUUGAUCUUGAUAACAUAACAUUUGAGAACAAUGAGGAUGCACAAGCACAACAUUCAUUAGAGGAAGAGUUAGAUGAUGAUGAUGAUGGAGAUGGAGAUGAUGAUGCCAUUAUUAGAGGAUUAGAGGAUUAG